AUGGCUAAUAUAAAAGUGGCUGUGAGAGUGAGACCAAUUUCAAGCAGAGAAAUAAAUAUAACAGGAGCAGAAAUAGUAGUCCACACAGAGCCACAGAAAAUUUCUUUGACAAAUCUAAAAGUUUCAUCGAGCAAGACUGCAGACAGUCGAACUCGGACUAAAAGAUAUAGUUUUAACUACUGUUUUGACUCUUCGGAUCCAACGGCUGAAAAUUAUGCCAGUCAAGAAAAAAUCUAUUAUACACUUGGGAAUCCAGUUAUCGACGCUAUAUUCGUGGGAUACAAUUCUUGUGUCGUUGCGUAUGGUCAAAGUGCGUCUGGAAAAACUUUUACGAUGAUGGGUGUCAAAGAUGAUCCAGGUUUAAUACCAAGAAUCUGCAAUGGUUUAUUCGUCCGAGCAGCUGAUGAAAUAGAAAACGGAAAAAAGUUUAACAUAUUUGUGAGUUACCUAGAAGUCUACAAUGAACGAGUUAGAGAUCUUCUCGAACCGUCAACAAGCCCGAAUAACUUAAGAGUUCGUGAGCAUCCACGAUCAGGUCCUUAUGUUCAAGGAUUAAGCCAACACUCAGUUGAAACUUUGAGUUCAUUAAUGUCUCGUGUCGAAGAGGGUACAAAAGCCCGUAAAACAGCUUCAACUUUGCAGAAUCACACAAGCAGCCGCAGUCACGCAUUACUCACACUCUCGUUGGAAUCCAGCGAUAGUGCGGUUUCCGGACAAGUUAUUUUAAAAGCCUCGGGGGCAUCACGGAAAACGGAUUUUUCUCGUGGCUGUAAAUUACACUUGGUCGACCUGGCGGGCAGUGAAAAUUCAGCUGCCUGUGCUGGAAUAAAUCGUCUAAAAUCACAGGAAGGAGCUAAUAUUAACAAAAGCUUAGUUGCAUUGGGUAAUGUAAUAUCUGCAUUAGCGGAAAGAAGUUCUACAACUAUUAAUUCCGGAAGGAAGUUCAUCCCCUACAGGGAUUCAACUCUCACGUGGUUACUCAAAGAUUCUUUGGGUGGAAAUGCCACGACAAUUAUGCUGGCGACGAUAUCGCCCGCUAGUGGAAGCUAUAACGAAACAUCACACACUUUACGGUUCGCACAAAGGGCACAAAGCGUUAUUAACAAACCAGUUAUUAACGAGGAUCCGGUAGCUAAGAUCAUACGUGAGCUUCAUUUUGAUGAUGGUUUGAGAUUAAGGUGUGAUUCAUUAAACGCGUUAAGACAAUUCGGAUCGUUAGAGUUUGUUCCUGCCGCAAAUAAUUCGAAAACUCUGCGAGUUUCGGCAAGUUAUAAUAGAGCUAGAGUAUCCAAAUUAACUGAUGAAGAUGACGAUGAUAAAGUCGAUGAGCCGGUAUUUGUGGAUAUACCGACUUUGGUUGCUGUACUCAUUAAACCUGAUACUAGUGUUCAAGUAGACACUCAUCAAAUAGAGGAAAUUUCAAGCGAUAGUGCACUUGAAGAUACUGUCGAUACUGAGUUUAAUCGGGACAUUGAACAUCACUUUGCGAAUUUAGUCAAUGUUCCUGUCGAAAAUGAUUCAAAUGAUUCUAUCAAAUCUCUGCCAAUAUUAAAAGAAAAUGAACAACCUCCACUUGAUACACGAUAUCCGAAUUUACAAAUUCUUACUGAUAAAUCGUUAAAUGACGAUGAUAAGUUUCAGAAACAGUAUUCAGUGAGUUCAAAUUUUGAAGCGCAAGUGUCCUUAGAAAAGUCAAUUUCUAAUACUGCGGACAAUGUGCCACAGGAUUCUGGUGUGCUUCAAAUCUCAACAAUCGAUUCUGAAGCCCAGGCUGAUUUUGAAGUAGAAGAGCCUAAGAAAAUAAUUAGAAUUGAAGAUGAUAAUCUCAAUGAUAGUCUUAAAGAAGACAACGAAAUUGUUAACAAAAUCUUGGAAAAUCGAAAAGAACUUCAAAACCAAAAACUUUGUUUGCAAAGACACCAAAAUACUGAUGGACUAAAGCGUAAAUCAAGCAAGGACAGCAGCUGUAAUAGCUCCAAAGACGAACAGAUAUUUAUAUCUGGAAUUUCAAGAGAUUCUUUUGGUCGAAAAGAUUCAAUUGACCCAGAGCAACCACAACCGAGGCCACAUACGAUAAUACAACGCGCACGUAGGGCUGACAUAGUAGCCGCGGUUACUGAGAGACUCUACUCGAGCAAGAAAACUACUGAAGACAGUAAUACGGCAUCGACGCCCACCUUGGAUAUUCGCUCACCGGAAAGUACAGAAGUAAAAUUAGCCUCGGUGACGAGGAUGCGACUUCAAGAAAUCUCAAGAAAAAUGUUGGCCAAACGCAGACGUAUUUGUGUUGACACUCAAACAGAUAUUUCUUCUACUGUCCGUGUACGAGAAAUAGGAAUUUCAGUAAAAGAACCUAAAGUCGUUCGCAAAGACGUUGCUGUUCUCACUGAUCGUCACGAAGACUUUGAUAAAUUGCUGCCAUGCAGUACGCCUGUGGUACGAAUAAAGGAAAUGUCAACUUCUACCACAGAAUCGCCAGUUCCUAAACCGAUUAUUCUGCUCAAAGAUGCUUGUAGUUUAACAGAUGAUUACAGUUAUGACUACGAUACUAUUUAUUCACUUCAACCAGAUUCGGGUAUUGUGUCGGAUGAUACUCAUACAUACGCCGAAAGCAACUUGUCCAGUACAGGCAUAUCAGACUUCUGUUCUGACCUUGAAAAACGACCGGUUGAUGUUAAAUUAAGUGAUAGUUCAGCAAAUACAAACAUUGUUGAAGAAAUAAUUGACAGUUGUGCUCAAACCACUUAUGAACACUCGCACCACUAUGAAGUACCAAACGAUAAGUGCUGUACUUCAAAGCAAUGCGGGGAUAAUUCAAUUAAGCAAGUGAGUGGUAAAAAAACCGCAGAUUGCUGCCGUCCCAUUUCAGUAACUCCCCGUCCUUGCAAGCCACCAGUUGUUACAGCUGGACAUUGUCAUUCUACAGAAACUGUUGCUGAUACACACAAAUGUGCUCAAGAAUCUUCUUGCAAAUCUUCGUGUUACAAAGAAGAUCAUGAUAAAAAUAUCAUUUCUAUCUCGGUACCUGAUACUAUUAAUAUUACUAUUGAGUCUUCAAAUAUUUCAGAAUCAAAGCUUAGGCUAUUUGAUCACAAUAAAGUGUUGAAAUUAAAUAAUGCAGAGGUUCAAACUGAUAAGAGAGAUUCUAAUGAAAUAGGCACGCUGACAGAUAUUAAUAUUAGUGGAAUAAGUGUUAAAGAUUCGUGGACAAAUGCGCGAAACAGUCACGAUACUAAAACAUUUAGGAUUGAAAAUAUAUUCAAAGAUCCACACGACAUUGCCAAAUCUUCGAAAAGUUAUGAUUAUUCUGACGGAACUAAUUAUUCUAUUAUUUAUCCUAGAACUACUCAAUUCACAGAAACUAAAACGAAAAAUGAUGCUUACGAUAGCUACAAGACAACGUUGAGCUCAUUAGAGUCGCGAAGAAAGUCGUUGACAAGUGAAUGGCUCAGAAAUCGCAAUACUUGGUCGUCUCAAAAAUAUCACAGAAGCUUUGAUAAUGAAAAUAAUACAGAAACAAUUUCUUUGCCUUCAGAGAAUUCUUAUGACUCGAUAGUAAUAAAGCAGUUGAAAGAAAAUCCGGAAAUACUUUCAUGGAAAGAUGUGUGUGAAGACAAAAAAAGUUUGAAUGGUUUAACAGUAUCAGAAUGCUUGAAAAGUGAUGACAAUCCGUGUUAUAUCAAAAAAAUUGGGCGUAGUUAUAGAGAUAUUUAUGAACAAGAGGUGAAUUUUUCUGAUGAUAGUCUUGAUUCAAAAGAGCGACAAAAAAAUUUAAUUGAUGAUGAAAUUACAGAAUCGGAAAUGAAUAGCAGAAUCAAAGAUAACUUUAAUGAUAAUGGGUGUCAACCGGAUAUUGUUGUACAUGCAAAAAAGGAAAUUAUUGAUCCACUGGCAUUUUCUGAUAAUAAUACUCUUGAUGAUUUUGAUGACAAGUAUAUUGAGUUACCUAAAAAAAUAGGGAUACGAUUGAAUGAAAUACCUAGACAGAGAAUAAAAUCAAUUUUUUACAGCGUUCCUUUGAUACCGCUUGUUUUAGCUGAAAAUGGAAUUGAACAAUCUGAAGAUAGCACUAAAAAUUUAAAAGCUACUGCUUCGCCGAAAUCAAUUAUCAAGAAUAAUAUUAAUGUACCAAAGACACCGCGGUCUGUAAAUAUUAGUACAAAUGAAUCUCGACUGGAAUCUGAUUACAAAAAAGUAAGCUUUGUUGAAUCCGAAAAUUUUUCAAUAAAUAGCGAAGAUGUUAAACAGAAAACUACACGUAUUAAAAAUUCUUGUGAAGAAGAAAAACGAAAUCUUCUUGAAGAAUAUCUCGAAGAAGCGAUAGUUUUUAUGCGGAACAUUAAUUCAAUAAAUUCGGAUGAAAAAUCUGGUACGCUAACAUUUAGACGUGAAAAUAAUGUCGAGACCAAAAUUUAUGAACCAAAGAAUAAAAGAGUAAUUGAUCAUCGUUAUACAACAGAUGAUUUAGAUUUGAAAGAUAGUCGUUACGAAGAAAAAUGUUGUGGUAAUUCGGGAAAGUUAGACCGACUUUUGAAAUUCAAUAAAUCUGCUGAGACUAAAUCGCAUUUAGCCAAAUUCAGUUCAGAUAAUGUAAAUAGUAGUAAUAGUUGGUCAUCGUGUUCAAGAUUACGAAGUUUUUCAAGUGUUGAUGAUCUUAAUUGGGACCACAAGCUUAAAAACAACGUUUAUUCUAGAAGUGAUUGUAACAGUAAAUUUAGCCAAGUAAUUGAAGAUGACAAAUACUUUUAUCAGUUACAUAGUGCAGGUGCCAAUAAAGUUUAUACAAAUAUUGACAGUGCGAGAGCAGUAAAUACCGAUUUUGAGAGCUAUUCUCAAGGGAGAAUACGGAGUAGUGCACCUAAAAUAAAAAAACGCAGUCGUUCGGAACUUUCAAUGAGACCUAAAACGGGAGAUUGUAGUUUUAGUAAAAAAGUUGUAACUUUUGAUGAAAAUACUUUACAUACGCACAAAAAGUUGAUGAAUAAUGAAAGUGCCCUUAUCGCUAAAGGAAGAAAAUCACUAGCGAAUCCACGUUGUAGCCUAUCUAAAUAUGACUCUUCAAAUGAAAAUUCAAGUUCUAAUGAAGCGCUCGCCAACUUCAUGGAAUCCAUCGACGAAGCAUCGAGAUUUAAAGAUAAAAUUAAAUUUCCUUGCAGUCCGCGGUUGAAAUUUUUACAAUUACUCAGCGAGAGGCAGAAAAUCGUAAAAGAUAGUCGUAAUACCAGUAUUUCGUGA